AUGGGAGUCUUUCCUCGUUUCCAACCAAUUUCCAAAUGUAGCACAAAAGAUAGAUCAAACCAAACCGUCGCAUCCGACUUAGACGGCACGCUUCUCGUGUCGCGGAGCGCCUUUCCCUACUACAUGCUCGUCGCACUCGAGGCCGGAAGCAUUCUAAGAGCGUUAGUUCUCUUAUCCUUAGUCCCGUUCAUAUACUUCACGUACCUAUUCGUCUCCGAGACGCUGGCGAUCAAAACAUUGAUAUUUGUCACAUUUGCGGGACUAAGGAUAAGAGACGUUGAGAUUGUUUCUCGGUCGGUUUUGCCUAGGUUUUACGCCGAGGACGUGCAUCCGGUGACGUGGAACGUGUUUAACUCGUUCGGGAAACGGUAUGUUGUUACCGCGAGCCCGAGGAUUAUGGUUGAGCCUUUUGUUAAGACGUUUUUGGGAGUUGAUAAGGUGCUUGGAACUGAAUUGAUGGUUACAAAAAGAGGGAGAGCAACAGGGUUUGUUAAGGAGCCUGGAGUUCUUGUUGGUGAACACAAGAAAGAGGCAGUUAUGAAAGAAUUUGGAAGUAACAACUUGCCUGAUUUGGGACUUGGAGACAGUGUAACUGACUCUGAUUUCAUGUCAAUUUGCAAGGAAGGUUACAUGGUGCCAAGGACCAAAUGUGAGCCAUUACCAAGAAACAAGCUUCUAAGCCCAAUAAUUUUUCAUGAGGGUAGAUUAGUCCAAAAACCAACCCCUCUAGUUGCACUCUUAACCUUCCUAUGGAUGCCAAUUGGGAUCAUACUUUCAAUCUUAAGGGUCUAUCUCAACAUACCUUUACCUGAAAAAAUUGCUUGGUACAAUUAUAAGUUACUUGGAAUAAGAGUAAUUAGAAAAGGAACACCUCCACCACCACCAAAAAAUGGACAAAGUGGUGUACUAUUUAUUUGCAACCAUAGAACAGUUUUAGAUCCAGUUGUUACAGCAGUUGCAUUAGGAAGAAAAAUAAGUUGCGUAACUUAUAGUAUAAGUAAGUUCACUGAGAUUAUUUCGCCUAUAAAAGCGGUCGCGCUUACAAGGGAGAGAGACAGAGACGCUGCGAAUAUAAAGAAAUUACUUGAAGAAGGUGAUUUAGUGAUUUGUCCUGAAGGAACGACUUGUAGAGAGCCGUUUUUGUUGAGGUUUAGUGCUCUUUUCGCUGAGUUAACGGAUAGGAUUGUUCCUGUGGCAAUCAAUACAAAACAAAGUAUGUUUUAUGGGACAUCGGUUCGGGGACACAAAUUGUUGGAUCCUUAUUUUGUGUUCAUGAACCCUAUGCCGACUUAUGAGAUCACUUUCUUGAAUCAAUUGCCUUUGGAGUUGACUUGCAAUGGAGGGAAAUCUUCGAUCGAAGUUGCAAAUUAUAUUCAAAGGGUUCUUGGAGGGACUCUUGGAUUUGAAUGUACCAAUUUAACAAGGAAGGAUAAGUAUGCUAUGCUUGCAGGAACCGACGGAAUCGUUGGAUCCAAGAAGAAAGAUUAA